AUGAGCGACAUUUAUGGAGCAUUCGCAAAUGCAUACAAAUCAGGAGAUAUCUAAAUCAAGGCUGAUCCUAAGAGAGUCUUUAACUUGUUUACUGAGACAAAAGAUUUAGAGAACAACCAAUAAACAUAAUCAACCUAAGGCAACGGCAACGCACUUCAAAACUCAUUCUAAAGUAUUAAGAGCAAAUUAUUUUCCUCCUCAGAAUCCUAAAACCAGUCUUAGAACACUGCUGGAGCUCCACCCAAGCCAAUAUAAUUUGUGAUAAGUAAGAUGGAUGACAAAAAAGAUUACACCAAAGCCAUAAUUUGCUUUAUUAUCAGUGGAGUUUUCUUGAUGUUCGCUACUCUCUCCCUUCCCUCAAUAAUUCUAUCGCCUCAGACUUUCACCUCACUGUUUACAAUUUCCAUGAUAAGUCUAAUAUUCGCAUUAGCAUUCUUAAAUGGUCCAGCCACCUAUGUUAAGAAGCUAUCAGAGUCCAAGAAUAUUUUUGCAAGUGCAGUCAUGGUCAUCUCUACUAUUCUCAGCCUGUACUUUUCAAUUAUCCAAGGCAGCUAUCUAUUAUCAAUCCUAUUCUGUUUUAUUGAGUUCAAUGCAGUGAUGCUAUUUUUCUGCAACACAUUCCCAGCAGGCAAAUAAGGAAUGAAACUAUUCGGAGGUGCUGCCAAAACAAUGCUUACUGCCCCAUUCAAAUGA